CCCAAAUCGUAACGUGCGCAUUGGUUUGGUCUCUUCGACACGACGCCGUCGCGGCCGUCCCCGUUCGUGAGUUAAUAAUCGGCGAGUCAAGGCCGUACAUCUUCCGAUUUCUAACAAUAGGAAUAUUCUCGCCGGAGAUUCAGUUUCCCGAUUGCAAGAGUCUUGCUGGAUUCGAGAGGAAGAAAACGAUUGAUUUGUUUGCGACGUCAAGAACAGUUUCAGGAUACUUUGGCUUCAGGACAAGUAAAACAUUUUUCUUUUGAGAAGGUCUUGUGAAGGUAACAUGGUUGAUGAGAAGGUGUCAUUGCAAGGGUGUUGUGGUAAGGAGGAGAUUAUGGAAGAGCUUAGGAACUGUUUGCCUAAAUGGGUUACACAAGAGCAAGUAACAGAUUUGAUUAGAGGGACAUGUAGGAACGUAGUUGAGAUAGUCGAUGAUUUCUAUGAACACGAGACUAUCUUCUACGAGCAAGUUGCUGCUGUUGUAUCAUCUUUCACUUCUAGAGAUGGGUUUAGUUCGGGUAACCAAGAAGCACUUGUUUCAAAACUGGAGCUUCUAAGUUGUGAAACCGAGCGAGAUGAAACUUGCAAGUCAUCGCAGUUUCAUAAGCUCAAGAGCAUGAGUAGUUCACAGAAGAUUAGCCUUUCUCCUGUGAAAAGGAACAGAAAGGUCAAAGGUAAACCAAAGAAGAAAGGAAAAGCUUUUUCUAAAUUUGAUUCUGCAGGUCCAAAGCAAGCUUCGAUUACUAAGUUCUUCAACAAGGUUCCCUCAGAUGAUACCAAAUGAUACCAAAGUUAAUAGGCUUAAGAAGCGGGUUGUCAGAACAUUUUCCGUGAUGUCAAAGAAUAAUAACCUCUUUGAUACUGCACCAAGAAUCUUGGAAGAUUUGUAGCGACCAAUGAAUCCUGGACUACAAUGGUUUAAUCCUCAUAACAAAAAUCACCUAACGAUCUUUGCUCUGUCACGUUUUUGCUUUGUAAUAAGCUUUAGUGUUUUGUCUACAUUGGCCCUAUAAUCCAUACAAAGGUGGAACGAUGGUCAUUUAGUUGCAGAGUUCUCAGUGUUUAAGUUAUGUUUAGAUUCCAAAGAGCAUUGCAUUUAUAUCUGAACUUUAUCUGGUUCCUGAUCUUAUUCUGGUAAUGAAC